AUGGAGGGCAGUUCUAUACUCCAUGCUUUCACUAACAUUUAUUUUGCCAUUUUUGCUUUGUUUUGCUUCAAACUUUUAAUUAAGAUUUCCUUGGCUUUGCUGACCCAUUUCUAUAUUGUUAAAGGCAACAGAAAAGAGGCUGCCAGGAUAGCAGAAGAGAUCUAUGGAAUAGUCCCAGGCAGCUGGGCAGACCGAUCCCCUCUUCAUGAUGCUGCCUUCCAAGGACGGCUCCUGUCUUUGAAAACCUUGAUUGCACAGGGUUAUGACGUGAACCUGGUGACGACAGACCGUGUGUCGGCUCUCCACGAGGCCUGCCUGGGCGGCCACGUCGCCUGCGCGAAAGUGCUGCUGGAGAACGGCGCUCAGGUGAACGCAGUCACCAUUGAUGGGAUCACUCCUCUGUUUAACGCCUGCUGCAGUGGCAGCGUGGCCUGUGUCAACAUGCUGCUCGAAUUUGGAGCCAAGCCGCAGCUCAGGAACCACCUUGCUUCGCCCAUUCACGAAGCAGUCAAGAGAGGUCACAGGGAGUGCAUGGAGAUCCUUCUGGCCCAUGAGGUUGACAUUGACCAAGAAGACCUGCAGCACGGGACCCCACUCUAUGUGGCUUGCACGUACCAGAGGACAGACUGUGUCAAGAAGCUUUUAGAGCUAGGAGCCAACGUUAACAUGGGGAAGCGAUUAGACACCCCCCUCCACGCGGCAGCAAGGAAAUCCAGCGUGGAGGUAGUAGUCUUGCUGACGGACUAUGGUGCUAACCCGAAAUGCAGAAACGCUGAAUUCAAAUGUGCUCUGGAUCUUGCCGUACCCAACAGCAAAGUAGAGCAGGUGCUUCUGCUUCAGGAAGGUCCUGCCAGCCUUGCCCAGCUGUGCCGAUUGUGUAUCAGAAAGCAUCUGGGUCGGUCGUGCCUAUAUACAGUCCACAAGCUACACCUGCCUGAGCCGCUUGAGAACUUUCUCCUUUAUCGAUAAGUCUGUGACUAUCUUUAAAGAAAGAGGAACAAAUGGUUGUUUACUCCAAAACUAUUAUAUCAAAGAAAAAAAUCAAAGACAUCAUUUACUGUCUACUGUGGAUACCAAGCAUCAGCUGCUAUGUGACAGUGUAAAUUGAAAACACCUUUUCACAAACAGUGAAUGACGUUAUGGAUACAG